AUGGACAUUUUCACGGCUGCCAGGGGACAUGAUCGCCUUCCACCUAUCUAUCGCCCGUUCACCAUCGAAGAAGAAGUGACCUUCUCUGAGGAGGAAGAUGUCAGCGCUGAAAAAGACCAGAAGUUUUCACCUUGGUCCCCGUCUCGAAAGUUCAAUGAAGGCAGACGCCUCCCUCCAGCCAGGAACAUGAAGGGCUUAUCGGGCAGCCGCUCCCAGCACCAGAUCCCUUUACCCUAUGGCUCGGACUAUGACCCCCACGUCCAUGACAUCCACACUCAUCAUGGCUCUGACUCCCGCCACUCAUCCUACCUGCUCAGCCCCACAGAGAGCUGCCCCAUGGACUUCCACCACCGCUACUCGCCGCGCAGCUCCAUCCACUCUGACUGCAUGAUGAUGUCCCCUGUCAUGAUGCCGCCAGCUGCUGCGUCUGACCACAUCUCCAGCAGCACCUUCCCCAGAAUGCACUACAGCUCUCAGUACUAUGACUCAGUCACAAGGGAUGACUGCGCUGCCAUCACAGCCUCUGCCACCUCCCCAGCCGUUGCUGCUGCUGCAGCUGCGGCCGCCGCCUCCUCCCAUUUCGCCGGCACCAAGAGCAACCGCCUUCCUGCUAACCUACUAGACCAGUUUGAGAAACAACUGCCACUACACCGCGAUGGCUUCCACACGUUACAGUACCAGCGCACCUCCACCACCACUGAGCAACGCAGUGAGAGCCCUGGCCGUAUCAGACACCUUGUUCAUUCUGUCCAGAAGCUCUUCACCAAGUCCCAUUCCCUGGAGGGAUCAUCCAAGAUGAACGGCACAAAAGGUGAUAUUGUAGGAGGAGCAGGUUAUCACCAUCAUGGCCACCACUCCACCAAACACGGUAGCAAGAGGAGCAAGAGCAAAGAACGCAAGCACCGCUCUGGUGGCUGGUGGAGCUCCGACGACAACCUAGAUAGUGACAGCACCUACCGCACACCCAGUGUCAUGUCACGGCACCACGGGGAACCUGUCAGCCACUGCUACCCAGAAUCCAUGCACAGCCACCACUUUGGAGACCUGUCACUCAAGACCUCUAAGAGUAACAAUGAUGUCAAGUGCUCAGCCUGUGAGAGCAUGGCCAUGGCGCCUGAGGGCAAAUUCAUGAAGAGGAGCUCCUGGUCGACACUGACAGUCAGCCAGGCAAAAGAGGCCUAUAGGAAGUCAUCGCUUAAUCUAGAAAAACCCAUGAUGCACACGGACCUCAAGCCUUCAUUGCGGACAUGUCACUACCUGCAGGUGCCCCAGGAUGAAUGGAGUGGAUACCCAGGUGAGAAGGAUGAGGAGAUCCCAUGCCGGCGGAUGCGCAGCAGUAGCUAUGUCAAAGCUAUGGGGGAAGUGGAUGAUGAAAGUGGUGACUCUGACACCAGCCCUAAGACCUCCCCACAGAAGGCUAUUCGGCCUGAUGCUCUUGUCCUGAAAUCAGCCAUGCAGAGACCCCAUUUAGACUCCCAAAGCCAGGGCUACCACUUGCAAACCACAAGAGAUAUGCGGCCCCACCCUAGUGUCACGCUGGACCCUGCCGCCUUUCAUCCCCCGCCCUUCCGCUCUCGCAACCAGAGCUACAUGCGUGCCGUCAGCACCCUCAGUCAGGCUAGCUGCGUCAGCCAGGUGAGUGAGACUGAGAUCAAUGGCCAGUUUGAGUCAGUUUGCGAGUCCGUUUUUAGUGAAGUAGAAUCCCAGGCCAUGGAGGCUUUGGACCUGCCUGGUUCGUUCCGCACUCGAAGCCACAGUUACCUCCGUGCUAUUCAGGCUGGUUAUUCCCAAGAUGACGACUGCUUGCCUUCAAUGACAUCCUCCACUGUCACUUCAACUCUCAGAUCCACAACAGGCGCCCGUAGCUUAGCUGGGGGGCGUAGAGAGUACGGUAGGUCUGGGAUUCAGUUUCGUCUCCCUACUACUUGCAGUGUGGACCGCGCUCAGCCCCCUCCAGCGGUAUCAUAUCCUCCCAGUUACAAGAAGACUCCACCUCCUGUGCCCCCGCGCACCACCACCAAGCCUCUUAUCUCUGUGACAGCCCAGAGCAGUACAGAGUCCACCCAAGAUGCCUACCAUGAGGGCAGGCAUCCACGGGGCGGUCUGUGGACCACAGACAGCCUUGGUCGUCCCAUCUACAGCUCCAUGGACAGCCUGGACAGCACCAAGGCGGUCACCAUGGCCAUGGAGUCAGCAGCAGGCAAGAGGCACGCGUCUUUGGGCAGUCACACCUCCGUCCAGACGUGCGACAAAGCAGUGCUGGUGUCCAAGGCUGAGGAGUACCUCAAAACCCCACGUUCCUCUAUUGGGAUACAGGUGGAAACUGUGACAGACUCUGAGACUGAAAGUAAAGGCCUUCCUCAGUUCCAUUCAAUAGGGAUCCAGGUGGAGGAUCAUAAGCGGCAUGGGAGGUUCAAGCGCUCCAACAGUGUGACGACUGCAGUUCAGGCGGACAUGGAGCUGGAGGGCUUUCCCUCCAUGGAGGACAAGGGCCUGCAGUUUGGCGGUGCCUUCGGCCGCCACUCUGAGCCCAGCACGCCCACGCAGUAUGGAGCCAUCCGUACGGUGCGCACACAGGGCCUGUUCAGUUACAGGGAGGACUACCGGCCUUCCAGCGGGCCUUCCAGCCCACAGCCUGAACCCUGGCUUGUCGAACCCAGCCUGGAGAGCACCGACACGGGCCGAGUGUCCCCCCUUCGCAGGGACGGCAGCUGGUUCAUGCAGCUCCUUCACAAUGAAACCAAGCGGCUGGAGGGUUGGUGCAAAGAGAUGGAGAGAGAAGCAGAGGAGCAUGACCUGUCAGAGGAGAGUGAGUGUCCUGAGGGGAACUACAUGCUUGUCAAAGUCCUGGGGAAAAUCCGGAGUGCAGUGGGAAGUGCUCAGCUACUAAUGUCUCAAAAGUUUCAGCAGUUUUACUGGCUAUGUCAGCAGAAUCUGGACCCCAGUGCCAUGCCCAGACCCACAUCUCAGGACCUGGCUGGAUUCUGGGACCUCUUGCAGCUUUCCAUCGAUGACGUCACUGCCAAGUUUGAUGAGCUGCAGCAGAUCAAGAGCAACCAGUGGCAGCUGGUGGAGAGCCCAGAGAAGAAGGAGCGGAAGUGGCCACCACCUAUGCCAAAGCGGCCAACCAAGGGACGUGGCGGCAUAAUGCGAGAACGCUCUCUGGACCUUCAGGACCGCCAGCGACAGGAAGCCCGCAGACGCCUCAUGGCUGCCAAGCGAGCAGCCUCUUUCAGACAGAACUCAGCCACAGAGAGGGCAGACAGCAUCGAGAUCUACAUCCCCGAAGCCCAGACGCGGCUUUGA